AAUACAGGCUCCCCCUGGACAGUCGCCUGCAGAAGCGAAGAGUCUCUUGAACUGAGCGGAGCUGGCUCCUGCACGGGAAGACGUUGUCGGUCGCUCGGGUGUUUCCGAAGGGUGUGAUCCUCGAUCAAGUCCUGCAAGGUGGGUCGUGGUCCAGCAGCUGCUGGCGGCAUCCCGCCUAAACCGAGAGCCAGAAUGCCACAAACAAGGAUGCGCAUGAGACCUUGGCUGGAAUUGCAGAUUAAUUCAAAUAAAAUUCCUGGGCUUUAUUGGCUCAAUAAGAAAGAUAAAAUGUUCCAGAUCCCUUGGAAACAUGCAGCUAAGCAUGGGUGGGAACUGGAAAAAGAUGCCUGCCUGUUCAAAAAUUGGGCCGUUCAUACUGGGAGAUACAAAGAAGGUGAUGUAGAACCUGAUCCAAAAACAUGGAAGGCAAAUUUCCGUUGUGCCAUGAAUUCCUUGCCUGACAUUCAAGAAGUGAAGGAUCAAAGCAUUAGCAAAGGACCCAGUGCUGUUCGAGUCUAUAAGAUAGUGGAACUCCCAGUAAAAUCAGAGAAAAAAGAAAAAAAGUCAAGGUCUCCAAAAAGCAAGAGCCCAAGAAAGUCAGUGGAGGAUAUUAAGGAAGAGACAGUCGAAGCAACAAACAGCAUUCAGUUGCCUGAUGACCACAGUGGCUAUGUGCUUCCUGGCUAUGUAGCAGAGGACAUGGAAGUGGGGAGCACAUUUGAUCUUUCAUGUGACAUGAACAGUAAUCCCUGGAGAAAUUGCCCACUGGAAAUUCAGACCCCUGACAGUACAAACAACAUAUACAGACUUCAGGUUUCACCCUCCUAUUCUUCUUCUGAAGAGGAGGAUAUUCCACUGUUUGAUCUCUUUAACGGCUCUGAGUGGCAACAAAGCAGCAUUGGUGGAAAAGGGUUCCUGUUAAAUGAAGCUGGAAUUGGAAAAGGGUUCCUGUUAAAUGAAUCUGGAAUGCAGAAUCUCUCCCUUGACUUUACUUUGCAAGAGCAAGAUACAACCUUUGAGAUACCAAAGCUAGAAGUAAUUCCACAUGAGUUGAAACCCAAUGCAGAAUGCACUUUGUUGGACAUUCGAACACACUAUGUACCCCGUAUAUCCUGUGGCAUUUAAACCUUUUUAUCACUAGGCUUGUACUGUUUUAUUUUGAAUGCUGUUUGUAGACUCGACAAAUUGAUCAGUUUGUUGACAGUCUACAUAUUUAGAAUGAAAAAGUCCAAGCAAUGUGUGUACAGUAUACGUGUGUAGGAAUAUUUUUGUGAUAAAACUGUACAUUUAUGCCUAACUACUUUAUGAGCCAAUUAAGGCUUGUUUGCUGCUUCUUUCACUCUGUUCAUCCAUUAGUAGAAUUAGAGUAUAAAUAAUUUCAAACAUGGAGGGGGUGGGGAAACAGAAGCUUUUCAUUGUUGGUAAAUUGUUAUAUAUUUUAAGCCCAUCCAGAGUAUAAACUUAAAAUUACUCUCUAGAAGAUUAGUGAUGCCCAACCAGAUAUUUCUUGGUUAUAUUUUUUCCCUUCAAAUUUAUCUUGGCCUUUAGUCUGGAGCGCUAUCUUAGCAUGUUAAACUGUGAAAAACAGAUAGUUGUUUAUUCCAUAUUUCUUCAGAAUUUUAUUUAUAACACAUUCCACUGGUUACUUUGGAUUUAUUACUACAGCAUUAUUUUCUCCAGUUAAAAUAUGCUUUGAAGUUGACAGGUGAAUGUAUGGAUUAUUUGCACUGUGCUUUUGAAGAUGUCAACUGAAUAGGUAUUGUGAAGAGUGCAAAAAAUGCAUAAUAGGGUUAGAUAUACUAAACCAGAAGAUAAAAGGAUUUGGCAAACUGUCAGAGUGCUAGGCUGCAGCUUAAAUUCUUGUAUAUUCUUUUCCUUGUACAUAUCUUGUUGUAUAUAAAUUACAGUUGUCUUUAAUAAAAGAUUAUAUAUA